CUGGUUAUCCCGGCGCCUCCUGGCACUGGAGGCCUCUCUCCCCGAGGCGUCCAGGAGCGUGCCCCGCGGCGGGGGCAGAAGCUGGCUGCCUCCAGCAACUGUCGCGGUGCCCACUACCCCGACCACCACCACCGCAGCGCUCGGCCCUCCCACGCCGGCCCGAGCAAAAAAAACAUAG